AGAGGAUAAAGAUUUUCUCUUUCCCUUUCAAUCCCGUCCUGGUUGCCACCAGAGAUUCCCCUCUGGCUAAACGGCAUGAACAUCCGGAAGCACCACCACCAUGACGGAGGCGAUGGCAACCAUACAUUACAGAUCCGAAAUUCCAAUUCAGUAGUUUCUGAGAUUGCCUGGUUUUCCCUUGCCGCCGCUAUUAUCAAGAUCCUCCUAAUCCCAGCUUACCACAGCUCUGAUUUUGAGGUCCACCGCAACUGGCUCGCCAUUACCCACUCGCUUCCUCUGUCUCAAUGGUAUGCCGACGAGACUAGCCCUUGGACCCUCGAUUACCCGCCGUUAUUCGCCCAUUUCGAACACUUGCUCUCCUUCUUUGCCGCCAUCAUCGACCCUACAAUGGUUGACCUCCACGGCGGACUCGAUUACAAGUCUACAGCCACUAUUCUCUUCCAAAGACUCAGCGUCACUCUAUCCGACGUCGUUUUAGUAUACGCAAUUUGCAGACUGUCCCGCAAACUGGAGCUCAGAGAGCGGAUCUUGAUGUGGGUGUUGGUUCUUUGGUCGCCUGGAUUAAUCAUCGUAGACCAUUUGCAUUUUCAGUACAAUGGGUUUCUCUUGGGGAUUCUUCUGCUUUCACUUUCUGCUUUAGAGGAGGGAAAAGACUUGCUGGGAGGGUUCUUGUUCGCAGUUUUGCUUUGCUUUAAGCAUUUAUUUGCGGUGGCUGCCCCUGUUUACUUUGUCUAUUUGUUGAGGCACUAUUGCAGGGGUGGAUGGUUUAAGGGGAUUGGGAGACUGGCAUUGAUGGGCAGCGUCGUCAUUUCUGUUUUUGCUGCAGCUUUUGGACCAUUCAUGCACUAUGGACAAAUACAUCAAGUCCUAAACCGCAUGUUUCCUUUUGGUAGGGGACUCUGUCAUGCAUAUUGGGCUCCAAAUUUCUGGGUGUUCUAUAUACUUCUAGAUAAAGUAGUUGCUUUUAUACUUACGAAAUUUGGAUUCACAAUCUCAGCGCCAACUGCUUCAUUCACCAGUGGGCUGGUGGGUGAUUCUUCACCUUUUGCUGUACUACCCAGGGUGACUCCAUUAACCACAUUUGGGAUGGUCUUGCUGGCAUUAAUUCCUUCUCUUGUAAAGGCUUGGAAAGAUCCCAAACCAGGAAUGAUCACUAGAUUGGUAGCCUAUGCUUACACAUGUGGCUUUAUGUUUGGUUGGCAUGUCCAUGAGAAGGCAUCACUUCACUUUGUGAUACCUCUAGCUGUUGUUGCCAGUAAAAGUAUGGAAGAUGGAAAACAUUAUUUCUUCUUAUCAAUAGUGUCUUGCUAUUCGUUCUUCCCGCUCCUAUUUGAAGCUCAAGAAUAUCCCAUUAAGGUUCUCUUACUGCUUUUACACGUUAUAAUUAUGUGGUUGGGAUUUUCCUUUCAUCACUUCUCCAACAAUAAUGUCUCAAAAGAAGCGGCUGUAGGGAAGAGAUGUGAUGAAGGGGAAACUUGUAUUAUUGCUUCAAGGAAUGUGUGUUUCCAAAUUGGAUUUUUGGAAAAGAUUUAUCUGUUGGGUCUUCUCGCCGUGGAGGCAUGGGGCCUGCUUUUUCACCGCCUCAUCCUCGGCCAGAGGUUUCCCUUUUUACCCCUUUUGAUGAUCUCUGCAUACUGCUCCAUAGGAAUGAUGUAUUCUUGGAUCUGGCAAGUUAAUAAGAUUUUCCAGUCAAAUUGACCCUUUUUUCACUUAAAUGGUUUUACAUGCUUGAUGAAAUAGAAUUUUACUGCAGAUUAGGGUUCAGUAACUUUAUUUAUUCAUUUAUUCUGUAAAACAUUUCUUCAAGCUUUACGACACACAAAAAUAUGUAUGAGACUGCUUAGCAAAAUCGUAAGAGCAUAUUCCUUGAAAAUCCGGCAAGUAUGUUUUUUACUCCUGUUAUUUAGACUAGUUUUUUAAAUUGCACGUUGCGUAAAUGAGAUCGUGCCCAAUAUUUAGACUAGUUUUUUAAAUUGGUACAAACAGAUUUUUCCUAUUUAUGUUGUGUAUACUCUAUUAAUUUUUUACGGGGAAUUUUCUAUGGUACCUUCCUUAAUAAAGGAGGUUCCGGUAGACAAUGUUUUUUAGCCAAUCAUGUAGCCACCCGAGUCACGUUACCUUCCUAGUCAUAUUAAUAGACCAAGUUCGGUUAUUUGUAAUUUAGUCCCAAAUAAAGAAGCAGUGAACAAGCUAGGCUGAAAACUUAUUAAAUCCUUCUGCACCAUGUUUUUGCUAUUCAGUUAUUUAACAUUUUAACAUAUAUAUAUGAAUAUAUGUUUACUUUGGUAUUGAUAUACUACUACUCGUAUAACAUACGAGUAUGAUUUUUUUGAAAUAACGUAUAACAUAUGAAAUUAUGAAUUGUUACAAGAAUAAUAAUUGGUUGUGCGUCAUAAAUAGAGUUGAAUGCUGCCGUGCCGGUCUAAGAAUUUGGGGUCGGCUAUUUCUCUUCUUCUGAUGAAAACCAGUUAUUUUUCAAAACAAGUCAUCUCAAACAAACUCUUGCACUCCCUAAACCAAAAAAGUAAACUCAGUGAUUCUUGAAAACAAAUCAUCCCAAUUCCCAAACAUUCUUUUGAACUGUUGAUUUACAUACCUUAGUAUUUAAAAAUGAUUUUAAUCACAUAAUUGUAAAAGCAUACACAAUUUCACGCUUGUGGAGUAUUUGAGUACAUAUUACUCUCUCUCCGUUUAUGAUUGUCCCAUUUUUCCUUUCUUGUCCCGUACCAUUUUAGUAAUAUUUGUGUGGUUCUAUUUCAUUUUUACUUUAUUCACGUUUCACACUUACCAAUUUAAUAUCACCUACAUGAUUUUACUUUUUAAAACACUACACCACUUCCUCUUGCCCCAGUCUCAAUCUUAGGGAACGGAAGUAGUAGUUCAUUAGAAUGAGGUUAUUCAGUUUCCUUGGACCAUUUACUUUCCUUCUUAAAAUUCACAUUUAACUACUUAUAGAGACUUUGUCCACUCGCAUUAAAAAGGAAUGGCUUAGUCUAACCAACAUUUGACUAGUGAUAUGGGAGUCUUAGUCAUCCUUGUAUCUCAAUCCCAACUAUUACCUUUGAACCAAAUAUUACCACCCAUUCCAGUCUCUUGAUUUCUCAUGGUUUAGGUAGAAUGAAUUAAAGAGACAAUAUGACACUUUACAGUAAAUUGAUAGUAGCAGCUUAUGUCCAACAUUUCUUGGGGCCUAUCAUGCCAUAUAAGAAGAGCAACACAAACAACAAUACAGCUUAAUAUGCUAAUCUAUAAUGUAGUAUUACCGAAGAAGAAUAAGCAAAGCACUUUCAAAAUGAUACAAGUUCAGCAAAACUUUCUCAUUACCAACCUCAACAAAGCAUUGCCUAAGCAAAAACUUCCGAAAAGCUUGAAUUUUGUGCAGGAAUCUGAAGUAUAGAGCAUAAAUUGAGGUAAAGUAAGGAUAAAAAGUAAGCCAAGAAUGCCGCGAGCAAUAGGAAUUUACCUCGUUGUUAGAGAACUCGGAAGCGUAUGGCAGAAUGAAGUUGAUUUUGAGCUUGGACGGGAUAGCGGGUGAGGUUGGCGGCCGAUAUUUCAUGAAGGAGAGGGGAGUCUUGGGAGGAUCAACGGAAGGAACCACCCUUCUCCAGGCGGAUACAAAGGCUUCGUCGGCCGACGGCGUGGAGAACUGUCACAACGAUCUUACAGAAGAGGAUGAUCGGUUCCAUAAGCGAGUAGCGGCGUGACGGAACAUAAUGGAGCGAGCACAAGUCGUGGGUCGCUCGGCUCAAGACUUAGACACCGGUCGAGUCGACCCGGGGCGGCUCUCUAUCUCUCCCUUGCCAUCAAGUUCUUUUCUUUGACAGUUUUAACUUUAUACGAGUAUUACGGAGUACUUAAGUACUUUAGUAAAAAAGUUGCGAAAUUUUUGCUCAUUUUAAUCGGUAACUAGUAUGUUACUCAUGCGAUGUACGGGACAACAUUAUUUUUUACAUUUUAGAAAUGAUACAUACAUAUUGGAAUUAAUUAAUAAAAAAUAUUUUUAUUCUAA